AUGAUCAUUGGUGGUACGUUUGUGCUUCAUCAACUCAUUUUUUGGAUUCAUAAUGGUAUUCUUCUACUCAUUACUGAUGUUCUCUGGUCAAAUCGAUUAAAGAAAUAUAAAGUACAAAAGCAUACAUCGUUUAUGUAUGAACGUAUACAUAAGCAACAUCAUCAAUUUCGAGCACCAAUCUGUCUCGCUUCGGAAUAUGCUCAUCCGAUUGAAUUUGUCAUUUCGAAUAUUGGUCCUGUUGCUGCUGGGCCGUUACUCUUUCAAUCUCACUUAUUAACAACAUGGAUUUGGCUUUUGGUUGCUCUUAUUAGCACAAAUAAUAGUCAUUCAGGAUAUUGUAUAUAA